AUGGUCGAGAAAUAUUUUGAGGAUGAAGUCUAUUCUCGUAGGCAUGACAUUUUAAAAGACGGAUCAAUUCAAGCUGUUAAUUCUGUGAAAUAUACUAAUUUUUACCUUUUUAUCGAUUUUCCCUUUUUUUAA